UGAAGCGCAUAGGGUUUUGUUAAAAUUUAUUUUAAAUGUUUCAAAAUUGGAUAAUACCCGAGGCAAAAAUGCAAAGCACCAUAAAGGAGCUUCUAGAUGCUUUAGGAUGUAAUUUAGAAGCUGAUAUUGUACUGGACCAUCUUCAAAACGAUCCUAAUUACGGCAACAGUAAUCUCUCUUCCAAGCAAGUAAAUGAAUACGCACAACGAUUGGCACUAAAGGCAUCCAACGCGAAAGCAUUUUUGAAAAAGUAUGAGGAGAUGAGAAACCGCAACACUGACUAUUUGCCGGACCUAAUUUAUCUAUUUUAUAAAUUAGUUCACGAAGAAAAGAGGUUGAAAAUCUCUAAGCCUAAAGUGGCUCCAAAGCCUGUUUUGGGUGACAAUAAGCACCAAAUUACCAAAGAGGAUCUUCCCCAGGUAUUAUGUUUCUCAAUUAAAGACAAACUACUUAAAGCUGUAGAUGAGAGUAAGAAAUUGGUCAUGAAGUCUUUUGAAGAGAAAGAGGUCAAAACACUUCCCAACUGGUACAAAAAUCUAGAUCUGCCCAACUGGCACAAAGACCAUCCAGCUAUGUCAUGGGAUUUCCCUAAGGAGCAAUUACCUAUCAUUUCUUCUUUAGCCGGAAUUCCAGUACUGUCUCAAGAAAAUAUAAUUAUCGAUGAACUCUUGUAUAUCUUUUCUGGAAUUCCUGGCAACUUUAUAGUUCACCAGCCAGUUAAGGACACAUAUGAUCAGCGAACAUUCCUUAUCUCAGAUGAAUUAGAUGAUGCACUUAAACAGAUAGUACAAGAGAUGUUGCCACUUGCAUCAAAUUAUUCCAUAGUGAGGAGGUUUAUAGAGAGUUGUGAUAUGUGGUCUGGUCAGGUGCUGCAUGCAUUGGUUGGUGCUAUAGAGGUCUUGUUAAAGGAUUAUUAUACAAUGAUAGCUCAACUAGAGACAGAGCACAUGUCUGAGAACUUAACACUGCAGAAGCUCUGGUAUUUUGUCUUGCCUACCAUGCGCACCAUGCAAGUCUUAGCUGCCAUUGUUACCAGCAUUGGGAAGAGUGAGCUAAGAGGUGGUGCAGUAUUAACAGUCUUGCACGAAAAGACCAGUAUCUUGAUGGGCGAUGCGCGUGCACAGGAAAUAUCUUUAUUCCUGACCGAGAGAGCUUGUCGGCCGUAUCUUAACAUUUUGGACCAGUGGAUACAUAAGGGGACUAUUGUAGAUCCUUUUCAGGAAUUCAUGAUAGAAGAUAAUGAACUCAUUAACAAAGAAGAAUUGCCUGUGGACUAUUCGGCCGACUAUUGGGAGAAACGCUACAGCGUACAGAGGGAUCGGGUCCCGAAGUUUCUAGACAAAUUUACCGAUAUCAUACUUAGAACUGGGAAAUAUUUGAAUGUUAUAAGCCAAUGUGGUAAAUCAAUAGCAAAACCAAACACAGAAGAAAUAAAAUACUCACUCAGAGAACAAAACUACGGUGCUAUUAUACAAAAGGCGUAUGCAUUCGCUAGCAAGUCUUUACUGGAGCUUUUAUUAAAGGAGUAUGAUCUCAUGGGACGACUGAAAUCUGUUAAGAACUAUUUCCUCAUGAGUCAAGGUGAUUUCAUAGUACAGUUCAUGGAUGCCACUGAACAGGAGCUGUCGAAAAAGAUUGAUGAUAUUAUACCAUCAAAAUUGGAGUCGCUAUUAGGCCUUUGUCUGAGGCUGUCCGCUGCUAGUCACGAUCCUUACAACGAAGACAUGAGAGUAGAGUUGCUGCCAUACGACCUACAGUUCCAGAUGUUUAAAAUUCUCUCCAUCGAGACUGAGGAAGAAAACGAGUACAAACAGAACAAAGACUGUUUACCAUUGACCGGAAUAGAGACAUUCUCGUUCGGUAUGGAAGUUAAAUGGCCGGUGUCUUUGAUACUGAACCACAAGGCCAUCGCGUGCUACCAGAUGAUAUUCAGGCAUCUGUUCUUCUGUAAACACGUCGAGAGGCUGUUAUGCAGAGUCUGGCUAUACAACAAAGUGGUGAAGAGGUUCUCUGAAGCGCGGCUGUAUGCGGACGCAUUUGCCUUGCGCCAGAGGAUGCUAAGCUGCGUGCAACAUUUGCAAUACUACAUGUGCGUCGAGGUCAUCGAGCCCUCCUGGUGCCAGCUUAUACAAAGCCUCGAUAAGGUCAACAACGUAGAUGAAGUUCUAGAGCGACAUAACGACUUCCUUGAGUCGUGUCUCGGAGACUGCAUGCUCACGAGUCCGCAGUUGCUGAAGGCGGUCACCACGCUCUGCCUAGUCUGCGUACAGUUCUGCACUUUCAUACAGGAGAUGCACAAGUACUUCGUGGAUGCAGAGCUUAACAGUAUGCUUGGGCCGACGUAUGACAAUUCUGAUUAUAGUGAGGCUGAAGGUUGCGGCAACAUGAGCGGUUCUGCGGAUUCGUUCUCUCAGUCGGUGUCGCGCUACGGGCUGCGCUUUACGGCAGCGCUGCUCUCGGUGCUGGCUAUCAUAGACCAGAUGGCGCGCGACAACAACACAAACAAGUUGCUCAACAUAUCCGCCAGAUUAAACUUUAACACGUAUUACGUGAAGCAAUUGGAGAGGUUCACCGAAGAGAAGCUACUUGAAUCUAAGCCUAAGAAAUCCUCCUAGCACAGAUUUCCGCGUGUUACCGCGGUCUAAACACGUGUAACCGAACAAUUUUUAACUGUAUAUUAAUGUUUAACAUAAUCUAAUCAAUUUUAAUUUAGAUAUCAUUAAUUACCACGGAUGUUUUUUAUGGGUGCAUGUGUUCUGAUGCACAAAUUAAAUAAGCACAAUGAAUAAUUCGGUCGUAGAAAUAAAAUUAUAAAAUAUAUGCCUCUGAUAAUCUCCAGUCUUUAGUUAACUCAAAAUAAUUUAAUUAGAAAUAUUUUAUAUAUUAGGCAGAUAUCUACCUGUUCUAAAUUGUGAUAAUUUGUCAUUUUUCUAGAUGGGUAUAUAGGUAGUAUCGUUCGCGAAUAUGUACACCUAUAGUCGUAAAAAAGUAAUAGGCCCGUUUUGACAUUUGUCAUCGCGACGUAACUAGUUAUGGA